GCAGCGCGGUCCGGCAGGGAGCGGCCGCCGUUGCCUAGCGCCGUCGCCUUUCCCCACUCCGGUAACCGGCGCCGGGCCUGCGCUGCGCGGCCGCGCCACCAUGAAGGCCAUCGUUCAGCGGGUGGCCCAGGCCAGUGUCACAGUGGGUGGUGAACAGAUAAGUUCAAUAGGACGAGGUCUCUGUGUGCUGCUGGGCAUUUCUUUGGAAGAUACGCAAAGAGAGCUGGAGCACAUGGUUCGAAAGAUCUUGAACUUGCGAGUAUUUGAAGAUGAAAGCGGGAAGCACUGGUCCAAAAGCGUCAUGGAUAAAGAGUAUGAAGUGUUGUGUGUGAGCCAAUUUACUCUACAGUGCAUCCUGAAAGGAAACAAGCCCGACUACCACAUGGCAAUGCCCACAGAGCAGGCGGAGUGUUUUUAUAACAACUUCCUAGAGCAGCUAAGAAAAGCCUACAAACCAGAGCUUAUUAAAGAUGGCAAGUUUGGUGCCUACAUGCAGGUACACAUCCAGAACGAUGGUCCUGUAACAAUAGAACUGGAGUCCCCGGCUGCCACUGUUGACCCUAAACAGGUAAGCGAGCCAGAAGGUCUGUCUGGAAAGGGUGGAUAUAUAGGCCGUGCCUCCUCUGCAAAUUUGCUGCCUGUGACUGUGAGAUGGAGCCCUGUGGUGUCUUGGUCUCUAGGGAAAAACUGGUGACCAGUCUUUUUUGCUCAAGCAGUCUAGUGGGAAUCAUUGGUAUAAGGGUAGGUGGAUGGCACAGUGCAGUUUCUGAAUGAAAUGGAGAGCACUGAGAGAGCUUUUACCCUUGCUGUCCCAUGUGUGGGUAUAAAAUAACCCAAGAGGAUUCACCAGGGCAUGCUGGAUUUGGCAAGUUUCCAUCUCUUUCUUGGGGAACAUUGGCUUGUUUAAGGGUUUUGUCCUCACAGUUGCCUGCUUUUCCUGUUCUGACAACACCUUCUUGGUGGCCAUGACAUGGGCUGAAGACUGGGAAGGAUGCUGGUUUUCAAACUUUGCCUGGCACGAAUUCCCUGUUUAAUGUGAAUGAUGCUGCUUCAAGUCUUGCCUGCUGAUUGCCUUCCUUUCCUCCUUAAACCUCAUUCUUCAUCAGCAAAGAUGAGGCUUCUUGUGCAAGAUGUGCUUAGAGCACUGUUAUUUAUCCUAAGGUAAGGCUACACCAAGGAUCUUCUUACUGGGUCUGUGCCUGGACCCUAUGAAAAGGAGGACAGAGAGAGUCCUUCUAUGGGGUGAGUGGGUUCCGGACAUAUAAGAGUAGUGUAAAUUUGCUUACCUUCCUUCUGCAGUGUGUUGUCCACACACAUUUCAUGAGCCACCCUCAGUUCCAGCUCAUUGCAAGUCCCAGUGUGGGGGAUUCCUGUUUGUCACAGAAAUGGAUGAGCUCUUACAGCGGCACAGACACCGAUAAAGCAAUCCAGCCGUGCGUGCUUUGAAUGCACAAAGAAUUUAAUCUAUGCUACAUUUCAGAGAACCCCAUUUCCUUGAAAAUUGGCAGCUCUUUUAACUGAGUAUCUUUUCCAGCUCAUAUCGGGACCUUAACACACACUGUUGGAGGCACUGCUGUUUCUGACACUCUUAAGCAUCCUUUCUGGAUAUUAUUUGACAUGUCUGCCAUCUUCUCUCACCCCUCAUAGAAGAUGUGGGAUGAAGAAGAACCAAUUUAAAUUUGCCAUUCUCUUCUCUCUUCCCUGCCCAUUGCAUUUUUUUUUUGCUGUCAUACAGUCUGUUGGUUUGCUUGUAGCUUGGGAACUAAGGCUUAGAGAUGGUGUGUUUUUUAUCUUUUUGCGUUCUGCUUUAGCAAGGAGAGAUAAAUAAACCAUCCUGCAGUGUUUAAUGUGAUGUUAACAGAAAGAGAUUAGACAGAUAGUUGAUGAAUAGCUCUUUUAUGUCAUUGGAUGUGGCAGUGAAAUACCUCUUUUUUUUGAGUGAUUGUCUGUGGUUGUAAUUGGUAAUCUGAUCCUUAUAAUUCCUUAGCAAUGCAAUUAGUAAAAAUACCUGUGGAUUAAUUAAUCCAAAGUUAUUUUUAUAUUCCUUGUGCUAGGGAGGUAUAAAUAGAUCACUUACAGAAUUAAUUAAAAAAUUAAUUAAAAAAAAUGUCAUCCUCAUACAAAAAAAUAUAUGUGUGU